UUAACGGCUUUAUUGGUAUGGGAAAUAUAUGUUUACAUUGCCAUAGCAGGUGAAAUAGUUCAUAAACAAAAGUGAAAUAAACAAUCAUAAUUAACAGUAAACAUCACCAAAGUUUCAGAGGAAUAGAGACAUUUCAAAUGUCAUAUUAUGGCUAUGUACAGUGUUGUAUGUACAGUGUUGUAAUGAUCUCUCUCUCUCUCUCUCAAUUCAAUUCAAUUUCAAUUUAAGGGCUUUCUUGGCAUGGGAAAUGUAUGUUUACAUUUCCAAAGCAAGUGAAAUAGAUCAUUAACAAGAGUGAAAUAAACAAUAAUCUCUCCCUCUCUCUCAUGUUCUUGUCUGUUGGUCAGAGUGAUUUCAAUAGGUGUUGGACAUCCCAUUUUUUCCAGUUUGUUAUUUGCCACCAUGCAGCAGACUCAACAUCCCUCCGUGUAGCUUAUCUCACACUCACAUCAAUACAUAUAUAGACUGUGUAGCCCUUGUUCUGCAACUCAACAAAAUAAACAUUGUCGUUCGUAUGGUAAAUACAUUGUGACCAUGUAAUUACAAUGUUAGCGGCUACAUCGUUGGCAUUUCUAACUUGGUUAUUAUGUGUGUAGUCUUUAUUGAUGGGCCUAUUUUAAUACAUUUUAAAUUAUGAAUAAAGGUACAUUACAAUAAUAUAGUAUAUGGCAUUGUAAAUGUUAUUUAUUGAUAUGGAACUCAUUUAGGAGGCCGGUCCAUGGAUCUUCGAGGGAUGUAUCGCGACAUUGCUCCUCACGCCAGAUGACUGUGUUUGUAUUUUCACCCAGUCCCUAACGUGGUACUGUAUUCCUCGAGACUCACCGCUGGGGCAUAUUCCCCGGUCUGUCGCGGUAGGAAGACGCUGCAGAUAACCCCAUGCCGUUACCAUUACUAGCGGUGUGGGAGAGUUAACUCGUCGUCUGGCAGACACCGCUGAAACGUGUUUCUGGAUUUUGGAGAAAAAAAAAUUCGGGGGAGAAGCAUUUUUUUUGUACCUUUUAACUCCCGUCUGUGAUAUUCUUCAACACGGAAUCUGCUGGGCCCUCAAAGCGUGUUUGAUUUGUGCCUCGAGGAUAUCCAGGAUACAUGCCCUUUUCAUUCGCAUAAUGGGAGAUGGUCCGGUUCGUUGUUAUGCAUAUGUUAUAACGCAGUGAUUUUGGGGGGGUUUAAAUUUGUGUUUCUUGCCGUGGAUUGCAAAAUUGGAAUUUCUCUCCCAGGCGACUCAGCGAAAAGGGAAGUAGAGACCGCGAGAGAGAGAGAGAGAGAGAGGGAGAGAGUGGGGAUAAAGACACUGCCACCUCGCUGGAUCACACCACGGGAUUUAAAUAAUUGCAUGUUCUAAAAAAGGAUAUACAUGUGGCUAUUCGGUGUUUAACCGAACCAAUCCGGUUUGCAGGAUGAGUAAAGACAGACCCAAAAGGAACAUCAUACAGAAGAAAUACGACGACAGUGACGGAAUCCCGUGGUUAGAGGAACGAGAGGUGAGGAAGGUGCUCUACCUUUCUCUGAAGGAGUUUAAGAACACCCAGAGGAACAAGGUGACAGAUGGCCUCGGCACAGGAAACAUCAACGGCUCUUUCCCACACAGCCAUGGCUGCCGGUCAGGACCAAAGGCAGGGAUACUGGCAGUCAACGGUAAAGCUGAGUGCUCACGCUGCUCGUCUCAAAGCAACGAUGGCAGCAGCGAGUAUUCAGGGGACGAUCCAGUCAGAAAGAGACCACGGCUGCAGGCUCAGAGGAAGUUUGCCCAGUCUCAGCCCAGCUCCCCCAGUGCCACACCGAUCAAGCUGUCUGAGACCCUCUUGCCCCCCAGCCCCACCUCUCCCCUCAGCGACCUCACCAGACGCAAGCCCAAGACCGAGGACUUCCUCACCUUCCUCUGUUUACGAGGCUCGGCUGCGUUGCCGGGCAACAUGGCGUACUUUGGGAGUGCCCAGGAUGAUGUGGAUCUGGAGGAUGAAGAUGAUGAAGAGGAGGAGUGUGACGACAGGAUGUCAGCUCACAGCCACAACUCAACUUCCUGUCCGUCCUCACAGCGGAAAAACAAAACAACGCCGGGGAAGAAGGUCUCCAAUGGACAUGUGUUGAAUGGCCACAGCAGGUCCUUACGGGGGAAGGAGCUCUUCCUGAGGCCCAGAGGGAGAGAGGCUAUCCAGGCCAGAGAGAGGGCUGAGAGGGGAGAGGCCCGGAGGGAGAACCACAGGACCUCUACAGGACCCUCAGCCAGGACCUCCAGCACCACCCACAGUCUUCGCCACAGCAGGCCCAACAAGGAGCACCCAAAGCAGGUUUCAACAGUGAACAGGCUGUCGCGGGUAUCGUCAGCUACCGUACGCAACUCCUGUGCCAAAAAGCCCCCGGCCUCCCGACCACUGCUGUCCAGAACUGUGAAGUCCGCAGCCACAGCGCUUCCCAGGGGCCACGUCCGCUACACCAAAGCCAGUCUUCUCAAAGAGGCCAAACUCACCGUGGGCAAAAGAGCCUCCUCCAAAGCUCGCCAACCCCUGAAGAACCAACGGCGCUCUGCCUGUGGCAGUGCCCGCCGCCACCCACGCCCACCACACUCCAACUCAGGAAAACUCUCAAGUGGCGAUGCAAAGACUCCCAACAAACAGAAGGUACAAUCCAACAAGGCAGCUGGCAGGUGUUGCCUACAACGAGUCAACGGGCAGCUUCACCCACGCCGAUGUGGCGGUAAGCAGGUACUGCAGGGGCGUGAGGGCGUCAGACACUCCAAGCGACGUCUGGGGCUCCCGGCUGAGGAGAGUCCAACAGAGACACCGGAGUCUUCGCCGGAGGUCAAAAAGGUUAGACUGCAGGUCAAUGCCCCGGAGACGCGAAGCAGCAGGAAGGUCAAUGUCCAGGAGAAGGCUGUGGCGGGGUCCGGCGGCCAUCUUGGUAAGGUCACGUCAUCCCGACCUUCCUCCUCGAAGCAAAGACCCAAACGAGCCUCCGCUGCCAAGCUGACCCGACAAGCACAGCCCAUACCCCCUACUGCUAAUACUACUACUACUGCUAAUACUACACCACCAGCUAAGAACACCACUUCUAAGAAAACUUUCCAGGGCACUUCCAAGAACACUUCCCAUGUCACUUCCAAGGGCACUUCCACCUCCACUUCCACUAGCUCAGCAGCCAAGGUGAAACCAGGCACCAGCAGCCCAGCUAAACCAGCAGCAGAGAGGCAGCGGGAGAGUGGGGAGAAGAGAGGUGCAGCACCGCCCCCUCCCCCGCCCCUAACCGAGGUGCCAGUGUUCAGGCCCAGUCUGGAGGAGUUCCACGACCCCCUGGUGUAUGUGGAAGCGGUGCGGGGGCAGGCAGAGAGCUAUGGGCUGUGCAGGGUGGCUCCUCCUCAGGACUGGAGGCCAGAGUGCAAGCUGAAAGAGGACAUGAGGUUUGUGACCCAGGUGCAGCACAUCCAUAAGCUGGGUCGGCGCUGGGGGCCCAAUGUACUCCGGCUGGCCUGCAUCAGGAAACACCUCCAGGCCCAGGGCAUCUCCAUGGAGGACCCCCCGCUCAUAGGCGGAUGUGAGUUGGACCUGGCCCGGUUCUUUCAGCUCAUCAACGACAUGGGCGGCAUGCAGCAGGUCAGCGACAUGAAGAAAUGGAAUAAGCUAGCCGACCAGCUCCGUAUCCCCAAGACUGCACAGGAUCGUCUGGCCAAGCUGCAGGAGGCCUAUUGUCAGUACCUACUGUCCUACGACUCCCUGGACCCCGCUGAGCGCAUCCGCCUGGAGAGGGAGGUGCUGGAGGAGAAGGGGAGGCUGGAGAAGAAGAGAGGGCCCCUGGAGGGCCACUCAGAUGACUCCCAACAGAGCCUGCUCCAGCUGCCCCGCUGUGAGCCCAAGAACGGCCUGGUAAACGGGGUGAUCCGGAGGAACGGCCUGGUAAACGGGGUGAUCCGGAGGAACGGCCUGCCCAGGAACCUGGAGGAAGGAGCGAAAGAGGGGAAGAAUCAGGAGAAGGACAUGUGGCUGAGGUCCAGCAGGAGGAGACUGUUCUCUCAAGAGAAGGACAUGUGGCUGAGGUCCAGCAGGAGGAGACUGUUCUCUCAGGAGAAGAAAGGAGGAAGAGGAGGAGCAGAGGAGGAGAAAGAGUUUCUUAGCGACCAGCACAAGUGUAUAUACAGGGGGAAGUCGGUUUCUCUCACUACGUUCUACAGGACAGCCAGGAAUACUAUGAACAUGUGUUUCAAUAAGGAGCCAGGGACGGCUGAGGUGGAGCAGGAGUACUGGAACAUCGUGGAGCAGAGAGAAUGUCAUGUUGCAGUGCACUGUGGGAAAGUAGACACUAAAACUCAUGGGAGUGGCUUCCCAGUUGGAAAGUCUGAGACGUUUUCAAAACAUGGAUGGAACCUUACAAUCCUUCCCAAUAAUUCAGGAUCCAUCCUACGCCAUCUUGGUGCUGUGCCAGGAGUGACCAUUCCUUGGCUGAACAUCGGCAUGGUCUUCUCUACCUCAUGCUGGUCGCGAGACCAUCACCGCCUUCCAUACAUUGAUUACUUACACACUGGUGCUGACUGCAUUUGGUACUGUAUUCCUGCUGAGGAGAAGGUGAAGCUGGACAAGGUGGUUCACACACUACUGCAGGCUAAUGGAACCCCAGGACUGGAGAUGUUGGAGAACAACAUCAUGAUCUCUCCGGAGGUGCUGUGUCGAGCGGGGGUCAAAGUGCACCGGACCGUCCAGCAGAGUGGCCAGUUCGUCGUCUGUUUCCCGGCGGCGUUCGUCUCCAAGGUGUGCUGCGGCUACAGCGUCUCCGAGACAGUGCACUUCGCCACCCCCCAGUGGCUGAACACGGGAUACCAGGCUGCCAAGGAGCUGAAAUGUCGACGCAUAGAGAGGUCCUUCUCCAUGGAGAAGUUGCUGUACCAGAUCGCAAUGUCAGAAUCCAAACGGGAGAAUGGUGUCAUUCUGAGUACCAUGACCUCACUUCUCAAAGACCUCAGGGAUACAGAGUUGAGACAGCGCAGGGAUCUGUUUGAUGCCGGGCUGCGGUCUGUUGCCCGCUACUGUAGCCAUGACAACCAGGCCUCGUCAGAGAGCAGGAGGAUCCAGCGCCAGUGGCUGAGGCUCGACCCCUCGGACCGACGCUGCCAAGUGUGCCAACACCUCUGCUACCUCUCCAUGGUGGUUCAGGAGAGUGAGAACGUGGUGUUCUGUCUGGAGUGUGUCCUGCUGUACGUACAGAAACACAAGUCCUGCCGAGGCCUCAAAAUGAUGUACCGUUACGACGAGGACCAAAUCAACCAUCUGGUGAGCAGGGUGUGUGGGAGAGUGCUGGAGAAGAGCGGCGCUGAGAAGAGGAGAGGGAUGAGAGGACUUCAGGGCCCCGGUGAGGUGUCCACCCCAGCCAAACGCAGCGCCCGAAACAGAACCUCCAUCACUGUGUCCCUCACCCGCCUCCCCUCCUCCACCCUGCCCAAGACCGCCCUCAGCUCUAAAUAACUCACAUCAUGGGCCGCGUUCCAUUACUUCACAUCCUUCCUUCCUGGGUUCUUUGAGGUAAACACAGAUUUACAAGUGGUUAGGUUACUACCACCCAAUUACUGUCACCAAUCCAACCGAUUCACACCUGUGAUUACUUCAAAGGAAGGAAGGAAGGAAGGACUUCUGAAGUGUUCCAACAGGACCAGUGCUUCACUACGGUACAUUUCUCUCUGCUCAGUGUGGAGAAUGUGCUCCUUAAACCACGGCUUUUGCACUAGAGUAAAAAACAUGUUUUUAAGAGGCAUUAAUGGCUGGAUUCAGUUCCGUAUCGGAGGAUCCACAGCUCAAUUGAAAUUUGAAGGCAACGUUCCAGCGUAUCUCAGCUCAAUUGGAAAUUACCUUUAAAAUGUUAGCGCGGAUCUUCAUCGAUAUGGAUUGAAACCCAGCCCUUCGUCCAAUACUGUAUAUUGUAUCUAGAUAUCACAAUAUCCUCCUAGCUACACCUACUGUUAUUACCUACAGACUUCACUUCCCUGGUGCUACAUCUUGGUGCUCAAUUUAUACUGUCAUUGGUGUAGUAGUAAUAAUAAUGAUAAUUUCUCUUUUGCUCAAAGCCAUUGGACUGCAUCCUGAACUGUGAACACUUUUUUAGAACUUGUUACCAAUAAGUUGAUUCUACACACAGUUUUGCAUUUAGACUCCAACCAGUAAUAAGGCUCUUCAGGGGUUUGUAAUACAUGCAUUACGAUACAAAGAUGUUUCCAGCGGAGCGCAAAAAGUGGGUUGUGUUUAUUAGUGCUAAACGUAGCAAAACUUUUUGCAAACAGAAAAAAACAAGCGUUCCUUAUUGGACAUGUUCAGGAAGUCCCUCCCCGUUUUGGCCCUUUUGCUUCCUAGUGAAUACGACCCUGGCCUCAGUAUUAAACAGGGCCCCUUCUCAGAUCAUUGAUGUUAUAAUUAUUUAGAGAAUUGGCCAAGAGUGGAACGGUAAUCAUGGGCUUCACACCGCUCAUCUGACCAUUUUGGUGUGAAACACUGUGCCUAAAAAAAAAAAUGCAUACUAAUAAUUUUCAAUCACUUCUGGUGCCGAUAGUUUUUGUUUUGUGACCAAGUUAUCCACUCUAGACCCUUACAGGCUCUUGACCUGUAACUCUUGGGUCUGCGGGACUGCGUUCCAAAUGGCAGCCUAUCCCCUAUUUAGAGCACUAAUUUUGACCCGAGCCUCAAGGGCACUAUAUAGGGAAUAGGGUGCCAUUUGGGAGAGUCACAGUCCAGGUGUUUUAUCAAAGAACAAAAACUGAAAACCACAACAGCAUUGUACAUAUAAAACAUUGUCAAUGUCUAAAGAUACAUGUACCUGAGCCUUUUAAGGAAUGGAAUGCAGUGUUUUGGAGUAGGGGAUUUAUGAAGAAAAAGCCUUACCCCCCCCCUCCACCACCACCAGUUACUUCAUCUGUGGCCCCGUAUACUCAACGGUUGUGAUACAAAACAAAUCUAGAAUUACACAAGUGUUGUGGAGACGGUGAAAUGGUUGUGUAAACACUUUUUGUGCAGACACAAAAUAAUAAUAUAUUGUAUCACAACCCUUGUGUCAACUGUGUUGGACAUUAGUUGUAUGGGGCCAGGGUUGCCCUGGUAACAAGUAUGGAGAAGUGCUGCAUAGUUUGAAUCCCCUCGUUUUUUACCUAAACUUUUUUUAAUGAAAAGGGAAAAUAAGUAGAAGAAUAAUAAAAAUGGUCAAAUCUACUAUGUACAGAAGGAGUAACUCCUGUUGUUGCACUCCAGCCUCGCGACAAGAGUCCUUUCAAAUCAGCUUGUUGAGACCCCUUACAAAAACUAUCCAUUUUCGAAGUUCACAUAUAUACAGAGUUGGAUGUUUUUUAAAAAGCGUGCUUAAUGUUUUGGUUGUUUUUUUUACAACAGGCUCAUUACAGCCGACCGUCUCAUUUCUUAUCUCUGAUUCUGUUUUCCUUCCAUGCUGAUUCAAGUUGGACAAUGACCCUUUUAUUUUCUAUUUUAUUUGUUAGUACCCAUUAAGGUUGAAUAAAAAGGUUUGACAGUGUCUAUCCAAA